AUGGCCACAUUGAAUCUACCACCAACUUAUCCCGAAUCCGCAAAACCUGCAGUAGGACAACCAUCGUCUUCGAUGGCAGGAGUACAGAAUGCACAACAGUUGCCGACAUACCCUGUGGCACAAUCUUACAUUGUUCAUCAUCCGGUUUAUUUUGUCGAUCCUACUAUCACUCAAAUUCGUGAUUGGUUACCAUGGUCAAUUAUCAAUAUGUUUAUCGGCGGAAUUUUACUCGGACUUAUUCCAUUAAGCUUUAGCAUUAUCUGUCGAAAUCAUAAAAGAUCAAAUAAUGCAAGUAGUGCGAGAACAAUGAGUACAUUGGCUCUCGUCUUCAAUAUCCUUAUCACAUUGAUUGGCCUUGCUUUGUGGAUUACACUCAUCGUUCUUCUUGUUCAAGCCAAUCGAGUUAUCACCACGUGCCUUACAUAUCCAUAUUGUUAA